AGCCUGUUCUUCACUCACACUCUCGCUUAGCAGAGAUUCAAAGGUGGAGAGCAAAGAUUGUCACCCAGGAAAAAAGGGGGGGAAGGGAAACAGAUUUUCUUCCUCUCUCACCAAGAAAGGGACACAAACAAGAAAAAAAAGAUGGAGAGGAUGCAGGCAGAGGGAGAGGGGGACCACCUGGAGCGACCAAGCCCACUGACUGACAAGGAGAGGGUGAUGAUCCAGGACUCCUGGGCAAAAGUCUACCAGAACUGUGAAGACGUUGGGGUGGCCAUACUAGUCAGACUGUUUGUGAACUUUCCCUCAUCCAAGCAGUACUUCAGCCAGUUCAAGAACAUCGAGGACCCGGAGGAGCUGGAGAGGAGUGCCCAGCUUAGGAAGCAUGCUCACAGAGUCAUGAAUGCCCUGAAUACACUGGUGGAGAGCCUGGACAACUCAGACAAGGUGGCCUCAGUGCUGAAGGUGGUGGGCAAGGCCCACGCACUCCGACACAAGGUGGAGCCUGUGUACUUUAAGAUCCUGAGUGGCGUGAUACUGGAGGUCCUAGGAGAAGAGUUUUCCGAAGUUGUGACACCAGAGGUGGCCGCCGCAUGGACCAAACUCUUGGCUACGGUCUACUUUGGCAUCACAGCCAUCUAUGAGGAAGUGGGCUGGACUAAGCUCUCAACCUCAACCGGGUGAAGCUUUUAGUAUGGGUUUAUUGGACCGUGAACUCCCAGAUACUUCUGUGUGGGCCACGGCCUCAUAAGUGAGGGGGAAUUUGACUGUACUGACCUUUGAAGGGAACAAUGUAUCUGGGGGAAUACAGUUUAAACAUAAUACACUUCAAAUAAGAACAGGUAUUGGGCUCUUUUUAUGGCUAAUAAUGUGUGUGUGUGUGUGUGUGUGUGUGUGUGUGUGUGUGUGUGUGUGUGUGUGUGUGUGUGUGUGUGUGUGUGUGUGUGAGUAAAAAGUUAAACCUCUCUCUUUGUUUUUUACUCUUGUAAAAGACCACAUUUUUAAAAGGAGAGAGCAAAGAUGAAGAAAAUGCCAACUUAAACCCAACAGUGGACAAGAGGUCACAUUUGACUUGGAUGUGCCUUCUACCGAAUGUGUAUAUCUAAAAAAAACUGCCAUGUAAAUACUGUUCUUUCUAAAUAUCAUGUGGCAUUUCCUUUUAUCAGUCUGUGCCCACUUGGCACUGUUCACUACAUAUAGAUAGAGAUAUUAAGAAGACAUUUUUACAUUUUUAACAGUUAAUUGUGAUGAUAGUACAUUUUUUUCAUCAUGACUCACCUUUGUAUUUACCACAAUUUUGAAAUAAAAAUACA